GCUUUCGUUUCCUUCAAGUACCCUCUUUUGCGCGAGCCUAGCUCCCUUUCCCGCCCGCUUCUGCCACCGCCGGCGCAAUGGCCUCCUCCGCUCUUCUCAAGCUCAUCGACCUCAAUGCUACUUUCGGCGCCCUCUUCAUCGGCUUCGGCUGCUCCAGCGUGGCUCUUGGCGUUCUGAGCAUGCAGGCGUAUAGCUACUUCAGACGUUACCCCCUCGACGUCUGGUGGUACAAGGCACUGGUCGCUGUGAUAUGGAUUUUGGAGCUUGUUGACCAAGCAUUUAUUGGCCAUGCGGUCUAUUUUUAUGUCGUCACUAAUUGGGGAGACGUCAACGCCCUUCUUACCUCUCCAGUUUGGUCACUGAUUCUUCAAGUUCCUCUCGGGGCAGCUGUCGGUGCCGUCGUAAAAGUCUGUUUCGGACUGCGCGUUUGGAGGUUCAGCAAGCACAACAUCCCUGUAACGAUGUUGAUCCUGGUUGGCGCUUUGGGGCAACUGGCCGCUGCUUUUGUUUUCACCGUCAGGGCUGCCAGCAUCCCUUCCUUAGCGGAAGUCGGCCGGCUCAAAUUCAUCGGAAGUAUCGCGCUCGGACUAGGCAUGGCAACUGACGUGGUCACCGCCGCUGCCCUUUGCUGGUUCCUUCGCAAUUUGAAGACAGGGUACAGGAAGGACGAUUCGAUUGUCAACAAGCUAUCGGUCUACGCCAUCAACACCGGAACUAUCUCUAGCGCGAUCAGUUUGUGCACUCUAGUCCUAUACGAUAUCAUGCCGAACAACUUCAUCUUCAUGUCGUUCUACUUCGUCUUGAGCAAGGUGUACGCCAACUCAUUCUACGCCGCGCUGAACACGCGGAGAUCCGUCCGCGGGCGCGGGACGGAAAACGAACAGACCACCGUGCCGACGUUCCUCAUGGUCGCCCAAACGACGACGAUCAAGCACGAAGGCGGGAACGACACCCCCGUCUUCUCCACGACUCUCCGUUCCGAGUCGAACGGCACCUUCUCGCCCAUCGGCGGACCGAGGGAGCCGGCGCCAAUAUCGACGAUGCCGCCGCUGCACUACCAGAUGCCGUACUCGACGUUCGACCACGAUUACUCACAACCGUCCCAGAAUAAGUCGUGGUCAUGAGGCCCGCAGGCAUACACAAGCACAGCGCAAAAGGUGCACCAGGCGCCCCUCCCCCUUUGAACUGAAUCCUCCCGAAAACAAAACAUUUACUCCGCCACCACAUCACGCCGUGCCGUCUAACCC